GAGCAACAGCUGACGACGACAACUCCUCCUCUUCCUCGGACCGGCCAUUUCCGCACCGGCCUGAAAGGGAAACAGGAUAAAAAGAUAGCACUGUUAUGAAAACAUGCCUCCAAAAUUCAAGCGUCACCUCAAUGAUGAUGAUGUUACUGGGUCAAUCAAAAGUGAGAGGAGAAACCUCCUAGAGGAAGAUUCAGAUGAAGAAGAGGACUUUUUCUUGAGAGGACCAUCAGGUCCAAGGUUUGGACCCAAGAAUGACAAGAUCAGACAAGUUCAAAACCAGGUUGAUGAAGUUAUUGAUGUCAUGCAAGAAAAUAUCACCAAGGUGAUAGAAAGAGGAGAGCGGCUGGAUGAUUUGCAAGAUAAGUCAGAAAGCUUAUCAGAUAAUGCAACAGCUUUUAGUAACAGAUCCAAACAGCUCAGAAGACAAAUGUGGUGGAGAGGCUGCAAGGUGAAGGCAAUUGUGGCUUUGGUUGCUGUUGUGGUCCUGCUAAUCAUUAUUGUUCCCAUCAUCCUCAAACACCGCACUUGAUUUGAAGAUGAACAUCCUUGUGGACACCACUUCAGGAUAACAGCAAAGCUAGCAGCUGUAUGAUUUCAGUGGAAUGUAUUGUGUAUAUAGCUUUGAAGUGAUUCCUGAACUUCCAGGGAGACACACGCACAGUUCCACCAAGAGCAUUCAGAGGGCCUGGCAAACAUACAACUUUCAGUCAUGAAUUAACUAUACUGUCAAUAUUGGAUCCAAAACCUCAUUGUUGCUCUUACAAAGGAACCUAUAUGGAAUCAGAUACUUGUCAGUAUUUCAUUUGUUUUUUUAAAUAAUGUAUAUAUAAGUGAGUAUAUGUGUGUGUGUGUAUGUAUAUAUAUAUAUAUAUAUAUAUAUAUAUAUACGUAGGGAAUUGAUAAUGUUAUUUAUAAUUUAAAUAGUUUCCUACAGCUAUUGAUAAAGUAAUGGAGGAAAGAAUUAUGGAGGGAACAAGGAAGUGUAUAGUCUAUCACUGUUUAACAAAACAUUUUUCUUCAACUGAAUAAUUACAAAUAUGACUUUCCUGUGAGGGGAAAUGUCCCAAAAUAUGGGGUUGCAAGCUACCAUUCUGUAUUUAAGGGAUUCUGAAAUUCUGUGUUGCUAUUAUUGCUCAUUUUUGUUCUAUAAAAGCAUUCCAGUAAAAAAGAAAAUAUUUUUGACCGCAAAUAUGUAGCUCUUAGUAAAUUAUUGAAAUAAAGAAGCUGCUGAUUCAGCUAAGACAACUUAAAUUUCGCAGACUUUGAAACUAUAACACAAAAAAGAAUGCAACUGCAGGCAAAACAAUAUGAUUUCUGCUGCAACAUUAACAGCAGACAGGUUCCUUUGUGUUAUGUUCAGCCUGUCCACAUUUUUAACUGACAAAAAUGCAGCAUUUCUUUUUUAUCUUUGAAACCUAGAGUUGGCCUGAGUCUUUAUCUAGGCCAGGGUGUUUAGAUCUGUGCCACGGGGCCAGCCCAUGGUGCCUCGGCCAACCAAAACUGUGUGGGAGGGCCUCACACAGCCCCCACAUGCCCUAUUUUUGGCCUGGAUGGCUUCCUGCAGCACUCUGCCAGCCAAAACAGGGUGUGGGGGACUGUGCACAGCCCCCUCCGGCACCCUGUUUUGGCUGGCAGACUGCUGCAGGAGGCAGCACCACCUUGUCUUUAGCAUCCUCUGCCAAUUUAGAACUAGGUACCCUCCAAGAUCUGAAUGGCUAUUGUUCAGAAGAGCCAAAAACAUCUGGCUCUUCACCCAGGUCUUUGAUGAGAGUGAGCCCCCUAAUAUCAC